CAAAGAUAGAUAUAAUGACAUUUUCAUUUUGCACUAAAUGUUGCACAUAUGUAUGAGGAAAACAUACAUUUAGAUACGGAAAUACAUUGUGUGUAUGUGUAGCAUUGUGCAUAUUACCUUUGAAAAUGAAACCCAUUUAAACCCAUUUUCUUCCAUUAAAGAAAGCAACCAAUUUCUUUUUUAAGGUAGGGACUCCUUAUAAAAUAUCACAUUAGUAGGGGUUUUCAAACAAUGAAGGCUAUUUCAGAAGCUUCAGCCCUGACCUGAAGGCCCUCAGUAGACUCAGGUUAGGGAAAGCCUUCAACGUGAAUAAAGACAGCAGCUUGUGAUCAACUUCAAGUCAGUGUUAGUUCAGUUUCAGACUCCACCGAGUGUGCUGUCAGCUUUUACCAUCUAAGUGUAAGUUUUAAACAAUUUGGCCAAAAACUCCAAAUGUUGUUUCACUGAUACCUUGCUUUAGCUAAUACUAGCUGCUGUUUUUACUUCUAUUCAACUUUAAACAAUUUAUUUGCUUGAUGUUUGUUUCUCAUUUGUACGAUGCACGUUGAAUACUACUAAUAAAUAAAAAUAAAUAAUGUUAUUUGGAGCUACGUUUUACUCAACUUUUCCUCUCACACGUGAGACACGUGACUGCGCUUGUUAUGUUUCGUCAAACAUGUAUCUGUAACACUCCAGAGUAUAGAAAUAAUACUUGACAGGGACAUUGUUCGCACUGUGCACGUUUGGCGGGGUUUAUUUAACUCUACCAAGCUCUGAACGAAACGGAUGUUCAUCUGAAACACAUGUAAGAGACUGUUUUUUUAUGUUUACGCUAAAAACAUUAAAACGUGAAAAUCGUGCCACUAGCCACACCUACAAAGGGAGUGGGGGCACCGCGCGCUGACCAAUCAAAAGCAAAGUAUUUCCUCCGGCGAGUCCGAUUGGUCUGCUCGGAGUUGCUCAGGUGCGCGCUGAUUGGUGGAGCGCCCUGACCGCGGCGUUCGAAUCUCUCUCAGUGACCGUUAGCGAGCAGGUGAACGGGUGAGUUUAGUUUAGUUUAAGUACUGUACUAACCGCGUCCAGGUUAAAUGUUCUGAUCCUAGCUUAGCUGUAGGAGUCGCUUAGAUAGUUGUAAAACUACGUUCGGAUAAUUUUUCCUCCGGAGGACACCAUAUAUCAAGGCGCGCGGUCAUGGCUCUGGCGUCUCCGUGCGGGGUUCUGUCCGACGAGGAGGAGUGCGGGGCUGUGUUCGAGUCCACGGCGGCAGAUAUCGGAGCUCUGAUGAGAUCCAAGCGCUUCGUGUCUCCUUCUCUGCCGGAGAUCUCCGUCAUUAGCCCCGGCGCGGAUCCACAAACCCCCACCCGAGAGCCCGUGCAGAUCAAGUCUGCCGUCGGCAGAAGAGGGAGCGCUGAUGACGGAUCGGAGAAGCUGAAGGUUUUCCUCCGGAUCCGUCCUCUGACCGAAGCGGAGCGAGAGCGGGGCGAGGAGCAGGGUUGUGUGAAUGUUCAGUCUGAAGACAGUCUGCUUCUCCGAGCUCCCAAAGACUCCCGCAACAUGAAGAGCGCAGAGAGAGGCGUCGCUCAGAGCCUGCACAAGUUCACCUUCACCAAGAUUUUUGGUCCGCAGAGCUCUCAGCAGGAGGUUUACGAUCACACCGUACGAGAGAUGGUGAGAGACGUUCUGCGUGGAGAGAACCGGCUGCUGUACACGUACGGAGUGACCAACUCGGGCAAAACCUACACCGUACAGGGUGCGGGUGGAGAGGCCGGUCUGCUGCCCCGAGCGCUGGUCUCUGUCUUCUUGAAGCUGUCUGGACGGCUGUACUCCGCCAUGGACCUGAAGCCUGUGCUGAGCCAGGAGGUCCGUAAGCUGGACGCGGGGGAGGUCCGUGCGGAGGAAGUGAGGCGGGGCGCUUUGCUCAAAGAGGAGGAAAGCACGGUUGGCCAUCAGUCUCGCCUGCGAGCCGGUCUGUCCUGGGACAGCGGGGUCAGCGGACUGUCGGUCACCAGCCACAUCGCAACACAGCUGGAGGACUCGGAUGGCGUGUGUUUGGAGGCGAACGGUCUGUGUCUCAGCGGUGGGGAGGAUCUUGAGGAGGGAACGCAGUUCUCAGUCUGGGUCUCGUUUUAUGAGAUCUACAACGAGUUUCUUUACGAUCUCCUGGACGCUCCUCCUUCACUUCAGUCGCGUAAGAGAGCCACGCUACGCCUCAGCGACGACAAGCAUGGGAAUCCUUACGUGAAGGAUCUGACCUGGAUUCAGGUACAGAGUGCAGAACAGGCCUGGAAAGUUCUUCAAGUUGGACAACGCAACCAAAGUUUUGCCAGCACUCAUCUAAACCACAACUCCAGCCGCAGCCACAGUAUCUUUACUAUCCGUGUUCUACACGUCAAGCCUCAGGCGGAGCUGGGUCAGGUGACCAGAAUCAGCGAGCUCUCUGUGUGUGAUCUGGCGGGGUCUGAGCGCUGUAAAGCCCAGCAGAACGGAGAGAGGAUGAAGGAGGCGAACAACAUCAACACCUCUCUGCUGACGCUGGGCCGCUGCAUCACCGCCCUGAGACACAAUCAGACCAACAAGUCUCGUCCUCCGCUGGUGGUUCCCUUCAGAGACAGCAAGUUAACCAGAGUCCUGCAGAGCUUCUUCUGUGGUCACGGACGCUCCUGCAUGCUGGUCAACAUUAACCCCUGCUCCUCCACGUACGACGAGACGCUGCAGGCGCUCAAGUUCUCUGCCAUCGCCACUCAGCUGGUUCACGGGCCGUGCAGCAAGACGCGGGUGGCUUACAUCCUGUCCCUGCUCCGCGAGCCGCCGCUUCACAACAACACCGCUGUGCUGGAGGAGGAAGAGGAGGAGGAGAGCGACGAGGAGGGAGACGCCACCAUGUUUGAUCCUGAAGCGCUGCUGAAGGCCAUCGAUGUCCUGAAGCGUGAAGUUCUGCGUCAGCGGCAGGAGAAGGAGGAGCUGGAGGCUGGGGUUCGAGAGCAGGUCUGCACCGAGAUGAUGGAGGUCAUCAGCCGCAUGCAGGACGACUUCAGCGAGACGCUGGAGACUGAGAGGGAUCUGAUGGAGAAGAGGUGCGAGAACAAAAUCAACAACCUGCAGAACAGCCUGAAGAAAUAUUACAGCCAGGAGCUGGAGGAGCGAGAUGAAGAGAUCCGGGAGCUCAGUGCUGCUCUGCAGGAGAAGGAAGACGCCCCGAUGGCUCCGGCUCCUAUCUUUCCUCCUCUGAAUGACGCCGGCGCUCCGCGGCGCUCGCAGCGUUUGGCUUCUUCACACAGACGAGACACGGACCCCGAGAGCGGCGAGCUGGAGCGAUGCAGGGCCGAACUGGAGCAGUGCAGAGCGGAGCUGGACCUGAGGCAGACGGAGCUGCGCCUGAAGAACCUCGAGCUGAAGCGCCUUCAGGAGAGCGGGCCCCUGGCGGCCUCCACGGGGACCCUGACCACUUCAGCUGAGCGCAAGCUGCAGGAGGGCCAGAAGAACCUGAAGCAGCUGCGGGUGGAGCUCCAGAUGUUGGGUGUGAAGCUGCAGUCAGGAGAACGAGCUUGCUGUCGUAACACAGACGGAGAGAAGCUGCGCAUCGCUCUCUCAUCAGCAGACAGCAAACUCCUCAAACAGGAUCAGAUGCUGGUGGAGCUUCACAGCAGUCUGCAGCUGGUCAAAGCGGAUCUGCGCAGGAAGGACGAGCUUCUGAUGCGGUCAGCGAGCGCUCAGCCUCCUCCUCCUCCUCCAGCGCCCGGCUCCUGUAAGAAGAGAGGCUGUGCUGCAGAGAACCAGCCUCCGGAGAAACGGCCCUUCUUCCACUCGCUCUUCCCGUCCCGCCAGCGUCCGGACACACCGUCCAGCCGAGUGUUACGCUCCCGCCAGCCCUCGCCUCCGUCCACUCCGGUCCAGCUCAGAUUCAAGUACUAGAGCUCUUCUAGAUUUCUAAUAUAAUCAGGUGACCGUUUGAUAUGCAAUAUGUUUUUAAGCAGUAAGUUUAUAUUACAAACUCUCAUCUGAAGAGAAUUCAAGGUUAUUAGCGCUUUUAUUUUCUUCACAUGCUGUUUGUUUUUAAUUUGUUACACAAACCAAAUCAAAACAUAGAAGCAAGACACCAGCUAGUAACUUAAAGGAUAUUACCUUUUUUUUGUUUUUGUACAUUAUGCAAACCAAAACAUGUAUUGAAUGUGUAUUCUAUUUGUCUUCUGUAUAUGUAAAGGUGAACGGAACGAAUCUUUAAGAAUUCAGUGUUACUCUCGUCAAACACAUGCAAGUCUCUUCUUUGGUGGACUAAUAAUAUGGAUUUUAGCACUACAUUCUUGCUUUGGCUCCUCUUUUGCACAUUGAGCAUGCGUUUGAGAAGGUUUCUGUGGUUAGAGAUGUCUGUCUGUCCUUUUUCAAUGUGUUUCUACUGUAUAAUCAAAACUAAAUGGGUCUGUUUUGUAUUAAAACUCUCAGACUGUCA